UAUACGACUCGGCAAACGCAGAACCGACGAUCACCAACCGACCUGUGCUCCCUAUAAAGCCACCCGACCCCCGCUCUCUUCCUCGCAGAUUAGAAUAUGUGUUCGAUACGCUGACUUCCCCUACACGCAUUCCUCCUCCUCGUGUCGUCGUGAUGAUGGGUAAGGCGUAGGUAAGGCGCAGUUGUUUCCGAUCUUACGGUUGUUUCUUCGAUUGGUUGAUCAGGUGCGUGGGCUAGCCGGAUAGAUCGCUUGAUUAUAUUUUGGGAUUAAUCGAUCUGUUCGACUGGAGGGUUCUAGGUUUGAUGAUUUCCCUGCUCGGUCGCGCUUCCCCCUACGGAUCCCUCUGUUUGGGGAGAUAAUUUUGCGUUGACGUAUGAUGACUAAUUACGAUUUGUUGAUACAUAGGGCUCUGCAGUUCUUGUUUCGAUUUCUGUCCAAGGUCAGAUCAGUUUAACUGAGUAGCACGGAAAGUUUGGGCUUAACCGAGGAUAUUUUGAAGUGUUUGGUCUCGAUCUGCCUCUGGUCUACAUGGUUAUUGGUCGGAUCAGGAUAAUUUGUUCGUACGCCUAAUUUUUCUGAUAGGAUCUGCACCUGAUGCUUGUUAUUGGAAUAAGUGCAGUACUGCAGUGCUCAAAAUGCUGCAGUUUUUGCAUCUGGCAUGUUCCCCUCAUGGUUGUCAGUCUCAUCAGAUUCAGAAGUUUUAUUAGUUAUGAUAAUAUAUGGUUGCUUAGGUGUGUUCGGACUUUACAGCUAUAUAUGGUGUCAAUUUGCUGUUUGGUUUGGCAUGCAGUAUCGAUUGGAUUAUUGAUGGUGGGUGCGAGGUAUAAAAAACAGAUCCAUCACUGCUAUGUUUCAUGGUUGACUUAGUGAUGCUUUAUUUGGGAGCAAGAAAAAGAUUUUGAUUCAGUACUAUUGACAUGCUUUUGGAGGUGGUUCUACAGUGUUAUUCUUCAAUUAAUUAUCAUUUAGUCAGCUUGAUUGAAAGGCACAUUUCAAGGAAGUUCAGAAUGUGGGUUGUGAUUGCCACUAUGCAUUUUUGUUUAGUGCUAGUUUCGUGUGAACAUCUGAUUGAAGAUUCUUCCAGGAACUAUUCUUGCUGAGGGCAAUGGAUGAAUGAUCUAAGUUGUGGUUUCCUGACUGGUUUGCUACUGCUGCGUGUUUAUCUGGUAGUACCAUGGUACCUUAAGGUCUUAUCAGAUUAAGGUGCAUUGUUUUGGUCUGAAUCUCCUAUUGGCUAGUCCUCUCUGGUGAUGCAAUGUUCAGUCACAUGGUUUUGAUUGGCUUUUAUGGGCCUUAGUGGUUUCAGAUACUUAUGUCCCUUCAUUUACUGGACCAUGUGCCCUUUUUAGUGUCAGCUUCCUUUUGCUGUAAACUCAUGUUGUGUAUUUAUUUAUUAUCUAAGCACCUUCUCUGUGUUUGUUUAUUAAUAGAUUUCAGAUAGAAGGGUCUGUUGUAACCACUAUGUAUUAUUGGCAUUCUUCUGCUUGUAAUGAUAGUUGUAACUCUUGGAGCAAUGGAAUUAUAACCUGAAGUCCUGAACUCUCCUUCAAAAGAUAAUGCUAGGUGGAGCAACAUUGCCUCGCCUAGCACUGUAGUUGAAAUAAUGCACAAACAGUGGAGAUAAUUUAAAAUCCAAAUUUAAAUAUGCACUGUAGUUGAAAAUAUAAUCAUUAUAGCCAUUUAUAUUCAGGCCCUUAUUAAGGUAUAUUUGUGGAAUUGUUGUUACCGACUUUUUAAGUAUUCUGAGGCAAUAUGUGUUGUAAUGAAUCAUACCUUAAGUUGUGUACAAUAUGUGUUGUAAUGAAUCAUACCUAAAGUCGUGUACAAUAUGUGUUGUAAUGAAUCAUAGCUUAAGUUACCACAAGUUGUGUACAAUUGAGAAAUAAUCUCUUUUAGUAUUGUAGAAAUAGAUGCUUAAUUUUUAAAUAAACAAAUCUAUUCGUUGCAAUAAAGCACUCUAUUUAUUGUAUCCUUUUCACUGUUUUGCUUGUGCUGGCUAUCAUCCAGUCUGAAUAAUUACGAAUAUUGUGACCGUAGUAGUUAUUUUCAUGGCUUUAUGGGUUUACUUAUUUGCUUUACAUUAUUUAUUAUUGAUAAUGAAAAAAUAAACAAUUUAUGUGCCUUAUGUUAAUACAUAUUUUCUAUCUAUUUUGGGGCUAAUCUCUGUAAGCAUUUGGGUCUGUUUAAUAAAUUUAUAAUUUUUUGAGUUAUUUCCUGUUCUAUUGGCAAUAACGUGUGAGUAAUUCUUUUCAGAUUGAUCCAUCAUGUUUUGAUUUAGUCGCAAAAUCUUUUAGCUUUUUUUUUUGUUUUCUUGGCCCUAAGCUAAUCAGAACUUAAAUCUGUACCUACUUGAGGAGCAAUCAAUGAAAGUCUGCUCAUUGUUUUUAGUUGUUAUGACUCUCAUCAUCUUGCUCUAUCUUGUUCCUUUCAUUAUUUUUUUUUGGAGGUCUCUAUAAGAUUUGCUUUUGCUGCUAUAUGAGACUUUAGGUUAAAGUAGUUCCGUGCUUGUGUAUUGCUGUGGGUAUUUAGAAGGUCAAUUAGAUAUUAGACUAUUAGAACUCUAUUCAGCAACAAUGGUGCUAAUGUAUGUGGCAAGUAGUGAUUAGCUAGGUUCCAUGCCUUUUUUUUUGUUUUAGAUAUAUCUGUAUCUGGAAGAGUAAGUAGUUUGCUAGUCGAACUCUUUGGUAGCAGUGUUGGCUCUCCACCAAAACUGCUUGCAAGUUUGUGAAAACCUUUAUUUAGGUUGUCUUAGUCUGUCACUCUCGGUGAUAUUGUGAACUAAUGAACUUGAAUUGUCUUUCUGUUAAAAUGGCCAAUUGCUUCAAUUUUUUUAGAUGUUCCAUCAAUUUAGCUGACUUCAAGCUAGGCACAUCCAUGGUUAUCCAACUGGAGUUGUGCACUGAUUUUUUUCCCGAAUUAUCUAUUUCUAAUUUGCGUACUUUUCCUAUACUAAGUUGUUUGUUUUCUCCUAUAAUUUUUGUUGGCCCUUAAAUUCUGUGAUAAGAGAUUUAGGAGUUUUACAUCCAUACUAAGUUUCUAACCAGGUUGGUGUUGUAUGCUACUCUGUAAAAUACCACUGAUCUUUUCUCUUUUUUAGAAUUAUCAUAUUUAGUAUUUUUAUGCAGUUGUAACUUGUGUUCUCUUUUUUUUUUGUAGUAGCCAACUACUCAUACCACUGUUUAUUGACAUGUCUUGACAUUUAAGCAACAUGGAACUUGGCUAAUAAAAACCUUAUGCUCGAAGGUUUUAUACAAUGUUUUGGCAAAUGGUGGGGUACAUAGGAGAUUGGUCAUGGAGUUUACUGUUUUGAAGUUGCGGUUUCAUGCUUAAAUUAGAUUUUGAGUUGAUAGUUUACCUAUUUUAGUUUGCAAAUUGUUGGCAUUAAGUUUCAAUGGAAAACUAGACUAACUGUUUGCAUUCAGCAAUUCUCAUCAACUAAUUGAUCGUCAUCUUAAGAUAGCCCUACCACAGGAAUUAUCAAAUUCUUUCUUCAUUUCUUUAGUAAAUACUGGCCUCCUAACACAAUUUCUGUUACCUGAUAGUUUCAUUACUGUUGCUCCGUCAGUUUUGUGAUAGAUAAGAAGUGUGUAUGACUUACUAUUAACUAAUGGAAACUUGUACUCCAAAAUUUACGCUCCACAUUAAGACAUUAUUAGCCCUUCUUUGUUACGAGUAUAUGCUAUCUCAUGACACUAGUAUUGCUUGUUUUGCACUUUCCUUAUUACUGCCGGUGCUGUAAUUUGUAGUUGUCUGUCUUCCCUUCUUGUGUAUUCAUUUGUGGUUGGUAACAGGUCACUUCAUUUUCUUCUCAUGCUUGAAUCAUUUAUUACUGUAAUGUUGGUUGUUGAAACAUGAUCCUUAUCGAGUCCAUAUUCCAUCGAUUUAUAUCACUUCUGUAUAGCUAUGAAAGUAGAAGACUUCACUUUAAUCAUAGCAGAGUCUUCUAUUGUUUUUGUACCCAUGCUUUACUUUUAGUCUUUACAAUGUUGGUCUUCUGAUGUACAAGUGUAUGCAAGUUUAACUUUAUCUGACAUUUGAUCUUUUGUUAAGUUCACUGUACAAUAUUGUUUGAUAAUCUUUUACCUUUUAUUUUAAAUUUUAAUUAAAUCUUCCAUGAUGGUCAUGUCUUAGUAAGACUUAAAACGUGGAUCUGUCGAUGUGUAAUGGGUUUCACUAAAUAUUGGUAGUAUGGAAUAUUUGAGAUUAUUCUAUGGAGCUUACUGUUAUGAUGUUGUGGCUUUAUGGUUAUUUAUUCAUUUAUUCAAUUAGAUUUCUUAACCAGUUGUGUCCCUACUGUUUGCAUUGCUGCCAUGAAGUCUUAAAAGGGGAAUCAAGAUUAACAAUUCGUGUCAUGUGGUUUUCACGAACUAGCUAACUAUGUCAAUUAAAAUAUAUGUUUAACUUGUUCUGUUUAGUUCAUUCGUGUGCAGCCUCAUAGGUCCUGCAAAUUAAUGGCCUUGUCCCUGUAAUUUUGUUUCUUUCAAACUUAGUUUUAUUUGAAGCACAAAAAUGUACAUACAGCAGAACCAUUUUUAUUACCUAUGACACAAUUCAAAUACUACAUUAUUUGGUACUGUCAACAUUAUUUGUUAACAUACCUAAAUGCUCCUUCCUGUGUCCUUCAGUAGACUGGGUGUUUCCCUUCAUCCCUUGUUGUUUGCUUGGUUAUAACAAUGUGAUAAUGAGUUGCAUUAGGUACUGUCUUCUAUAGUUGUUCGGUGUAAAAUUGUGAUAAUUUUAGCUGUAGAAAUACCUUCAUGUGCAAUAAUUAUCAAGUUGGUGUUGAAAACCUUCAUCUUAUUUAGAAAUUGAUGACUGGCAGCUUUUUUUGUGUGUGUGUGCAAAAUCUGACAUGACAAUAUUUGUGAUGUUGCUGUUUGAGUCCAUUUUUAUUUUAUGAUCUUGGCAUUGAAGUCGUGUGAGGUCAGCUGUUUAAAUGACAUUUAUGGAAGUGUUGAGUAAUGCAAAGUGGUUGUGUUUUCAAUUAAUAAAAUUGUAAUUAUUUCCUUGUGCCGAAUUGCACUAUGAGUCUACUGAAAUACCUGUAAAUACACACAUUCCGAGUUUGUCUUCCCUGCAUUGCGUAACUUUCUCCUGAUGGUUGCAUUUGCUUGUGCUGUUUGAUUAGUGGUUUUAUCUGUGAUGGUUGCAUUUUUAGUACUAGCAGUUUGUAUAACUCAUUCUACAUGUGGUAUGUACUGAAGAUUGACCGUGAUAAAUUCUGAGUUUCUGAUGUGAUUGAGGGGUUCCUUUUCUAUUAAAUUUUCUUGUUUAUGCUUGUGGGUAGGUUUUGGGUGUUGGGUAGGGGUGCCUAACACUGCCAAUGCCGGUCCCAAGCCCGGAUAAAAGUGGAGGGGGCACAACUGAACUAUUGUGGUUAAGUGAGUGUCCCAUACCAAUGUUUUGUUUCAGAAUUGACGCAGGAGCUCAUUUUUAUUUUGCAUCAUGCUUUGCAGUUUUUGCAUUCACGCGAGAGUAGAAAAUAAUUUGGUUCAUUCCCCCAGUUCAUUGCCAGAGCAGCCAAGAAAGAAGAAAUUUGCAACUAGAACUGAAGUUUUUGAGAAUCAAGCUGCAUACAUGGACGGUAUGAGAACACACAAAAAAAAAUGCAGGGUCUCGCCUUUGUAGCUAUCGGAGCUGUAGCGAGCACAGUCCAUCCAUUUUCAUCAAAUUUUCAGGCGGAUAUGCUGCAACCCAGUGUCUAUUGCGGCGACGCUUCAACCCAUGGAGAGAUCCCAAGCUUCUUGUUGCUAACGUCGCGACUGAUGGAUGCAUCCAAUUCCAUUUGCCAGUCGAUGCUGCCACGCCCGGCACGGGGCGGCUGUAUAAAGCAAGCCGUUUGCUAAUUUGGGGCCGUGAGCGCCCAGUACGGCAACAGCGGCGCCGCGGGUACGGGCCCCUGCUGAUGGUGCAGGCUGCCGCCGGGGUACCCGCCGUCGCAGCGUUUGUUUGGACCUGAAAUUGACUGAGCUAGAGCCUAGUAGGUUGGGGCUAAGCUGUGCCGUGCUUUCAUGACUUCGCGUCAGCGUUUCUGUGCUCGUGUAAGCUGGUCUGGAUCUUGUCGAGUCAGGUGCUUCAUUUGUGAGUUGAUGAUGAGAGUUUUGUGAAUGUGUGGUGAUAUGGAAUAAUGUCAAUCAAAUACUCAGUCUUGUGUUUCUUACCAAAUAUUGUGAUUGUGCUAUGUUAUCUUGAAUGAAAGUUUAGCUUCUUAAUUUGCUUAUCAAUGGAAAUAUUUUUAUCUGUUCUGUUGACCAAGCCGUGUUGCUACUCAUGUUGGCAUUGAGCGAUUUUCCAGUCAUUCCUUGGCUAUUCAUGAUCAUUUGGAUUUUGUUACAUCACCCCUGCCCUGAGCCAGCGCCGACCGCUGCUUAUCCUGGACCGUGGGCCUCGCGAUGGGCCUCUCUGGGCCGUCCAGUUUCGGGUCGGUUUCGCUCCACCUCACGGUUUCGGCCUUUUUCCGCUCGCUCGCCUUUUCCCAAACAAACCGCUUCAUCGGAAACCGAAUCCCUCCCUCCUCUCCGUCGCCGCGGCGAAGGAACCAUAUCGUCGGCGAUGUCGCCGCCGGUGGCGGAACUCCAACUCCUGCACCUCAACACCAGUGGAGAUCGCUCAGGUCCGGGAUUCGCUUCGGCUCUCGGCCCUGAGUACUGUGCUCCCGUGGGCGAAGAUGACGACGACGACCUCUUGGUGGCGAAGACCACAUACCGCGAGGUGGAGGAUGGUCCGAUUGACUAUGAGAUCCCUUGCCCAGGGCAGAACUUCAUGGAGGAGCAAGCAGAGGAAAUAGGUUUGAAGUGGCUAGAAAGAUGGUGCGAUCUGUGCACGCAAUUCUCGGAUUCGUGCAAUGUGGUUCGUAGCCAGGGAGGUGAGAAUGUUACUCUUCCGCCAGAGCCUCUCAAAGUUCUCCCUGAGACAACAUAUUUCUGCAUCACGAGAGAUUACUGCUAUCACCGUGAGUACAUGACCAGUGAUACCUCCCAGACUCAGUCAGUCCUUGGAUUUCGCAUACCGAAGCAAAUGAUGCAAGUCUUCUCGCUGAGGUUGUCAAUCUAUAAACCUAAAUCCUAUCCAAUAAGUAUUUAUGGAAUAUUCGCCGUACGUGAUGACUUGGAGCCGUUGAGGAAUUAUGUCUUUAACCGUUCGAGAGACAAUCCUGUCAUGAUUCCUCAGGAUUCCCUAGCCCUGCCUCUUUGUAGCCCUUACCGAGGAAUGUAUGUAGUGGAUCGUGCAUUGUUGGAAGUUGAUCUUUGGGUGAAAAAGGAAGGAGAUGGAUCAACGGAUGAAUAGUUACUUUCUGUGUAUGUUGAGAUUGACUCCGGCUCUAAUCUCAAAAAGACGCUCACGGGACGGAUUCACAGUGAAGAUUGCAUCUUGGAUAUGGACUACAUGUUCCUUGCAGUGGGUGUUGAAGCAGCUAUUCAGGUGUUCACAGUUGUUGACAGUCCUCGUCAUGUGAGAUUCUUUGCUGCCAGCAGUUGUUUUGAUAAAGAGAUUGUGAUUUUUGAGGGCAACUGUGUCAAGAAGGGCGAGCUAUUCACGCAUACUGUUGCGGUGAUGGCAAAAGAAAAUUUAAGUGUUCGCUUAGAAUGGGAGAAUUCAGUUCUGGAGUGGACGUUUAAGGAUGGAGAGCUUGGAGCUAUAAGCUAUCCUGAUGAUAACUCCAUUCCGUUUUAUGUAAGGGUGUUCUUUUCUCCAAAGAAUCUGGAAUUCAGACCGUCACGAGACCAUUCCUCGAAAGAGAUGUGUUGAAAUGGAAUUCAGACCGUCACGAGACCAUUCCUCGAAAGAGAUGUGUUGAAAUAGGCCGUCUGGCUUUCAGAUUGUGAAUACAGAAAACUAAUAGCAACUUGAAUGCAUUCAUGAAUUGCA